ACGGCGGCUUCCGCUUCUCCCCUUGCGCUCGUGCACGACCGCCCCGCCACAUCCAUCCGCCGCCGCCGCCGUCGCGCUGGGUCUGGUUCGGCCUCUGUUAACCUGGGCCGCUGGGCGACCUUGAUUUUCUCUGCCCCCGUGCCGCGGUCGUCAGCAGUGAAGCGAUGCUGGAGAAAGACCGGAUAUCCUACUUCUACGACGGAGAUGUUGGCAAUGUCUACUUUGGGCCAAAUCACCCCAUGAAGCCUCAUCGUCUCUGUAUGACACAUCACCUUGUUCUUUCAUAUGGACUUCAUAAAAAGAUGGAGAUAUAUAGACCACACAAAGCAUAUCCAAUAGAGCUUGCCCAGUUCCAUUCUGCUGAUUAUGUGGAAUUCUUGCACCGGAUAACUCCUGACACCCAGCACCUAUAUGCAAGUGAAUUAACCAGAUACAAUCUUGGAGAAGACUGUCCGGUCUUUGAUAAUUUGUUUGAGUUCUGCCAAAUCUAUACUGGAGGAACUUUAGAUGCUGCUCGCAGAUUAAAUCAUAAAACAUGUGACAUCGCCAUUAAUUGGGCUGGUGGGCUGCAUCAUGCCAAAAAGUGUGAGGCGUCAGGCUUCUGUUACAUUAAUGAUCUAGUAUUAGGAAUUCUGGAGCUUCUGAAGUACCAUGCCAGGGUUCUUUAUAUUGACAUUGAUGUCCAUCAUGGAGAUGGAGUUGAAGAAGCCUUUUAUUUCACUGACAGGGUAAUGACUGUGAGCUUCCACAAAUAUGGUGAUCUGUUCUUUCCUGGAACGGGUGAUAUUAAGGAUAUAGGAGAAAGGGAAGGAAAAUAUUAUGCCAUCAACAUUCCACUUAAAGAUGGGAUAGAUGACUCUAGCUUUACUCGACUUUUUAAAACAAUUAUUGCCAAAGUUAUUGAGACAUAUCUGCCUGGUGCUAUUGUUCUGCAAUGUGGGGCUGAUUCAUUGGCGAGGGACCGUCUAGGCUGCUUCAACCUCUCCAUUGAAGGCCAUGCUGAAUGUGUAAAGUUUGUCAAGAAAUUCAACAUUCCUCUUCUGGUAACUGGAGGUGGUGGAUACACCAAGGAGAAUGUAGCAAGAUGUUGGGCUGUUGAAACUGGGGUCCUUUUAGACACAGAACUCCCAAAUGAGAUUCCAAACAAUGAAUACAUCGAGUACUUUGCUCCAGAUUAUACACUGAAAGUUCCAAAUUUGAACAUGGACAAUUUGAACAGUAAGACCUAUCUCAGUUCAAUCAAAGUGCAAGUGAUGGAGAGUUUGCGGUCCAUACAGCAUGCUCCUGGUGUUCAAAUGCAAGAGGUUCCUCCAGAUUUUUAUAUCCCAGAUUUUGACGAAGAUGAAUUGGAUCCUGAUGAACGCGUUGACCAGCAUACCCAAGACAAGCAGAUUCACCGUGAUGAUGAGUACUAUGAAGGUGACAAUGACAACGAUCACGACGAUGGCGCACGCUAAUCUGCUUCCAAGGAACCGGUGUAAAUGGAAACUGUUGUUGUGUAGCUCAGCAGCCUUGUGAUGGAGUAGUUUGUCAGUCGACAGUAGGAUCUAACUUAGCAGGUCAAAGUGAUUGUGACCCCUCCUGAAUUACACAUUCUAGUACAACUUUGCUCAUUUUUCAGCAUGCAAGAAUGCAAAUUUCUCAGUGGUACUGGUAUUUGGUAUCUCAAAAAAAAUACAUGCAUGAGAAAUUGAUUUAUGCAGCUCAGUGAUAUGCUGA